AUGAGGCUAGAAAAGUGUUAUUUUUGUUCCAGUACGGUCUAUCCAGGCCAUGGAGUAACCUUUGUCAGAAACGACAGCACGGUAAGUAUUGAAUCAAUGGAGUUAUCACUUUUAUAGAUUUGAAUGGUCUCUCUUGAGCUAGACGAACAACUUAAAUUUUACUUUGAAAUGGUGUUUGCUAUGAAUACGGAAAUUUAAGCCUUUCGUCACGGUCAGGGGUGGCAAAGGAGCAUUUUUUCCAUUUCAAGCCUGGCCCGGUCAGUAGAGUUCGGAAAAUUCGAGUAUAUUCACCACCCGGGUAUAUACCCGAAAUCUCGGGUAUUUAUAAAAUUAGCCCAAUAUAGUACCAAUAUGAAGUCGUUUGCAACUUAUUCAUUAACUUAAUCACGUUUGGAGUGAUAUUAUUUAUUUUACCAACUACAACAAACAAAACUAGUACUUUGACAAUGAAAAAGUUUAGCAAUUCAAUGCUUCGCAGUCAGAUUUCGAGUUUUUUUCCGUUCAUUUUUCGACUCCGGCAAAUGGCCAAGUAAUUUUCAACCUCAGAACCAAACCUUGAACGGCAAAAAACAAAAUGUCAACAUUUAUUGAUUUCUUAUGACAAAACGCGACUUUUUUACAUUUUUUGAAUACAAAAGUAUUUUGAAAAUUCCCAUAAAUUCCCAAAAAAACCUGGCCUCUCGGGUAUUUGGGUAUAUACCUCGCCCCAACCCUACCGGUCAGGGGUGGUCGGCGGGCCGUUUUUCCGAUUUCCGGCCCGCGGCCCGGCCCGUCUAGGCUUUUUUCAGGCCCGGCCAGUGCAGGCCCGUUUAUAGAGGACUCUGCGAAACGCGCUCAAGCUUUGGAGCUAGAGUUAAGCAAAGAAGGCGUUGAUCUUGCUGGUAAAGGCUUAAUAUAAUAGUUUUGUGGUUUUUCAGGCACCUCCAUAGACUAGUAAACGUUUUAGCAAAAAAUUAUUCUUUGGCAAGAAAUAAUUCAAUAGUGACAGUUCGUAUACUAUGGUUGUUAAUUUGACAGAAUUUUUCAAAAUGAUGUCAAAUUGCCGUCGUUUUGGCUGAAUUGAAAAUGGUGGUAUACGCAGCUUUCAAACCUGUGUUUAACUUAGGCUGUGAUGAUUACCGUUAAUGUUAAUCGUAACUAGUUUUCUGAUUAUUUGAUUGUUUGCUUUCACAAGAAGGAACUAUUUGGUUCUCAAAAAUUUUUUAAUUACUACGAUUUGGCAAAAAUCUACAAAAAUUUGCCAAAACAGUUCAAUUUGACGAAAAGUACGGAAAUUUGACAACGUGACUAACGCGUCAAGUUGACCACUUAACAAUACCGUUCGUACCAUCGCUGUGAAAAAAAUCUGUCGAGUUUCCCCCCGUCCAAGUUCCAAACCCUGUCGAAUUUCUUUUGGUCGAGUUUCACGCUGUCCAAUUUCACUCUGUCCAAUUUCCAUAUACGCAAAAUAGAAGGGGGUAAAAUUAUUUGAAAUUGGACAGUGGUUUUAGUUACAGUAACUAGAACCACUGUCUGUCCGGGCGUUGAGAACAAUGAGCUAAGCCUGCACAUCAAAUUGCACCCGAUUCUCAUGUUUCCAUAAAGUUUUAAGUCGUGGCCAGAAUAAGAACUUUUAUUCUGUUUUUUACUUUUUGAAAGGUUGAAGGUUAGGUCAGAUACGAUUAUUUUAUUUGUUUAUAAAUUAUAUUUUUAGGUAUUCAAGUUUUGCCGGUCAAAAUGCAACAAGCUGUUCAAAAAGAAGAAGAAUCCCAGAAAAUUACGAUGGACAAAAGCUUCCCGCCGUCUUCGAGGGAAAGAGUUGACUGAUGACUCAGUGCUUCAACUUGAGAAACGCCGGAAUGAACCAACUAAAUACGAAAGAGGGCUGUGGAAGGAUGCAAGUAAGUUGCUGGAUGAGAGUCACGUUGUUAUUUUAGUUAAUGUUAUGAAGGAAACUCAUGAUGUCAAGCAGAAACGGUACGCUCAUUUAAUUACAACAUCCGUGAAGCCCGGAAAACAAACAACAAAAGCAAACAGAUUAGAACAGGCCAAGAAGAAGAGCUAUUUGCUGCGUUCGGCUGCCGCCGAUGAAGUUUGUGUACAAGAAGAGGAAAUAAAGGAAGAGGAGGGAGAAGCCGAAAUGGAACUGGCUUGA